CACUUUCCAUCGGUCUGGCAGCUCUGACCACAACCUCGCUGCAUUUUGGGCUCAAAAGUUCUAACGAUGAACUAACGAAAAUAUUAAUCAAAAUUUAAGGCGACUGGCUCCAGGAGAAGAUCGACAGAUAUCGAGAGUUGUGACCAUUAGGAUCGAAUUUUGUUAUUAACCAAUCCCCAGCAAAAAUGGGCAAUACAGCUAUCACCCGAGUGCAAAUGGAGGCCACGAAGAGUGUGCCGGUGGACCACGCCAAGUACACGAGCGGCGGUGGUGCCCCGCCACCAGAAUGCCCCAUGCAUCAGAAGCAUGGAGAUGCAAAAUCGGCCUCCGCCGUGCCCCCACAUCCCAAGAUGCAGGCCGCUUCCGAGUGUCCGGUGCAGCACGACAACAGCGACGUUAAUCCGCUGAAUAUGAUGCCACCGGCAAACCAACAGCCGGCGGCAGAUCAGCCCUUCCCACUGCCCACCGACCGCCAGACGUCGACCAUUCCCAAAGUCACCGAGGAUGGCAGCGUUCAAUUCUGGCAGUAUCCCAGCCAACAGAUGUUCUGGAACGCCAUGCUUCGCAAGGGCUGGCGCUGGAAGACCGAGGACGUAUCGCAAAAGGACAUGGGCGACAUCAUACGCAUCCACAAUGCCAACAACGAGCAGGCCUGGCAGGAGGUUCUCAAGUGGGAGGCGCUCCACGCCAAGGAAUGUGGCAAUCCGCGCCUCAAGAGCUUCGGUGGCAAGGCCAAGGACUUCAGUCCGCGCGCUCGAUUCCGCAGCUGGCUGGGAUACGAGCUGCCAUUCGAUAGGCAUGACUGGAUAGUCGAUCGCUGUGGCAAGGAUGUGCGCUACGUCAUUGACUACUACGACGGUGGACUGGUGGACAAGGACUACCGCUUUGCCCUGCUGGACGUGCGCCCAGCCAUGGACUCCGUGGACAACGUUUGGGACAGAAUGCGCGUAGCUUACAUGCGCUGGAGGUACGAGCUGUUCGAGAAGUUUGGCAGCGCGGAUGGCGGCAAAGUGACCGCUGGUAGCGACUAGGAGGAACGCAUAUUUAGAUGAUCGCUAUAGGUACAAAAUCGGCUUAAGUUAUCGUGUGGAUGGAAGAGGAGUUUGGUUAAAUGCGUUUGACACUGCGAAGCGAAACGAAGUUGAGCCCUCUCUUUAAAUAAAUGUUGAAUCUUGACUUCAUAACACCAAAA